AGAAGAUGCCUUCUGCCUCCUGUGAUUCUCUCCUGGACGACAUAGAAGAUAUUGUGUCACAGGAAGAUUUAAAACCACAAGAUAGGCAUUUUUCACGGAAGCAUGUUGUUCCAAAGGUGCGAAAGCGAAACACCCAAAAAUAUUUGCAAGAUGAAAACAGCCCACCGAGCAAUAGCACUAUUCCAGGCAUACAGAAAAUUUGGAUGCGAACAUGGGGUUGUUCUCAUAAUAAUUCGGAUGGAGAAUAUAUGGCUGGACAACUAGCUGCUUAUGGAUAUGAAAUUACAGAAAAUGCAUCAGACGCAGAUCUAUGGCUCCUGAAUAGUUGUACUGUAAAAAACCCAGCUGAAGACCACUUUAGAAACUCCAUAAAAAAAGCUCAAGAGGAGAACAAGAAAAUUGUGCUAGCUGGAUGUGUUCCUCAAGCCCAGCCUCGGCAGGACUACCUUAAAGGACUGAGUAUCAUCGGGGUUCAACAGAUAGAUCGAGUGGUAGAGGUUGUGGAGGAAACCAUUAAAGGUCAUUCUGUGAGACUACUGGGUCAGAAAAAGAAUAACGGAAAGCGGUUGGGUGGAGCGCCAUUGGAUUUGCCAAAGAUCAGGAAGAAUCCACUGAUAGAAAUCAUUUCCAUUAAUACUGGGUGUCUCAAUGCUUGUACCUACUGCAAAACUAAACAUGCCAGAGGGAAUUUGGCGAGUUAUCCAAUUGAUGAACUAGUCGAUAGAGCCAAACAGUCUUUUCAAGAGGGCGUCUGUGAGAUAUGGUUGACCAGUGAAGACACGGGGGCUUAUGGCAGAGACAUUGGCACCAAUCUCCCCGCACUGCUGUGGAAACUGGUCGAAGUGAUCCCUCGGGGAGCAAUGCUGAGGCUUGGCAUGACGAAUCCCCCCUAUAUUCUAGAGCAUCUGGAGGAAAUGGCAAAAAUCCUUAAUCAUCCCAGAGUCUAUGCUUUUCUGCACAUACCGGUCCAGUCUGCCUCUGACUCUGUACUCACGGAAAUGAGAAGAGAAUACUGCGUGGCCGACUUCAAAAGAGUGGUGGAUUUUCUGAAAGAGAAAGUUCCUGGAAUAACUCUUGCCACAGAUAUUAUCUGUGGUUUUCCUGGAGAAACAGACCAAGAUUUUCAAGAAACAGUGAAACUCGUUGAAGAGUACAAAUUCCCAAGCCUCUUUAUUAACCAGUUCUACCCGAGACCAGGGACUCCUGCUGCAAAAAUGGCACAAAUUCCAGCACAAGUGAAAAAGCAAAGAACAAAAGAUCUCUCUCGGGUAUUCCAUUCUUACAAUCCGUAUGAUCACAAGAUUGGUGAAAGACAACAAGUGUUAGUGACAGAAGAAUCUUUUGAUUCCAAGUUCUAUGUCGCACACAAUCGAUUCUAUGAGCAGGUUUUAGUGCCAAAGGACCCCACAUUCAUGGGGAAGAUGAUCGAAGUGGACAUUUAUGAAUCAGGAAAACAUUUUAUGAAAGGGCAGCCGGUAUCAGACGCCAGAGUAUACACGCCAUCCAUCAGCAAACCAUUAGCGAAGGGAGAAGUCUCGGGUUUGCCAGAGGGGCCGUUGGAAGGAAUACGUUCUGGAGUGCCUGUAAACCACCUGAUCCUGUUCCUGGAACACAGCACACAGCUACCAAAUGGUUGUUUCCCAUUUCCCUGAAAUCUAGUUGCGUCUAGAAAGAGCAAAACUCUGAAGAUGACCUGGUACUAAUAGUCGUAGUUUUGUUUGUUGUUUCAGCCGUUCUCAUGCAGGACACAUUUACGGAGGUCAGCGUGGGGGGUGCGUCUCUAUAUAUUAGGAUCAUCUGUUCAGAUCCAGAGGCCCAAUCCCAUCCGAAUGGGUUUCUGCAUUGUGUAGGCUUUCCUGAGUUUUUCUGGAAGGAUGCCCCCUGCCAUACACUUUGUAAAGAAAUCCGGAAAGGUCAGAGCAUUUAAAGCAGAACACUGUGUUAAAAAAUUAUUGUCCAUAGUAAAUGCAUUACCCUAAUUGAGAAUUUGAUAAUCCUGAAAGUACUUAGCCCUAUGCUACUUUAGAGUUGUUUUGUCUCAUUUUAGGCCCUGUUGACGUCUUUUGAUAAAACUGGUGACAGGUACACAGACUGGGGGAAGAAACACAGACUGGGUGGGCAUCGUGAGAUCCAGAUUAUAGCCUUCUGGUGUUUGCGGUAACAGGCUUUUGUAACCUUCUGUAUUAUCACUUAAUGCUCGCCGAACCUCGGUUGUCUCUGAGAUUCUGUGAUUGAAAUAUUCUACUUGACAAAAAUGGAUUGAAUGAAUGCCUACCCUGUGGCAGGGCUUUGAAUUCUAUAAAUAUUAAUAGAAAUCAGGCCUUGUUACUUUCAGAUAAUAAUAGGUAAAUGCUCACAGCAUGGUGGAAAAGGAAAGCGAUAAUAAAGGCAAAAGGUUGCUGUCCUCUAAGAAAUUUUAUGCUAGUGGAAACAGCGUAUGGUAACAUCUUUUUAUAAUUAUUCCUGUCUUCUUUUCAGUUUGGUUGGAGGAAGAGAAGAUUAGAAAAAGGGGAUAGGAAGGAGCCAAAAUUAGUCUGAUUGUUAUUUGGGGAACAUGGGGGCAAACUGCCACCUGUAGCCCAAUAGAGAACAUUUCUGAGUAAGUAUCGUUUGAAGGAUAAUUUCAGAUAAAAAGGUUAUAUAAUAAUUAAAACAGUGGAAGGCGUCAUGGCGUUCAAAGGGAUAAAUAUAAAUCAAAGAAAUGGGAGAUCAUGAACUUUUUUAUGGAAAGUAUUAGGGGGCUUUGUUCUUAGGAGGAAGCAGGGGACACAUAUGCUUUCAGAGAUGUUCUCGGAUAAUAAUUCUCAAGUGUGGUCCCCAAAUUUGCAGCAUCCGCAAAUCUGGGAACUUGUUAAGAAGGCAAACUCUCAAGCUUCAACCCAGACCUGGAUUGGAAACUCUGAGAGCAAGACCCAGUAACCUGUUUUCUUAAUAAGCUCUGCGUGAUACUGAUGCAAGCUGAAGUUUGAAAACCACUCUCCUAAGAAAAUAACUCUCAAGUGGGAAGGAGUGUUUGCUAUUUAUAACAGCAGUUUUAAUAUUUUAAUGUAAUCAUACCAAAUUUUCACACUUUCAACUUCAGACAGUAGAGUGGAACAGCAUCUCCAUGGAUGGAGAAGACUAUCUCAUCUACGUAUUGAUAAUUCGUCAGGAGUGGGUUGUAAACACGAUGGCGGGAGUAUGUGCAUGACACAUGCGUGUAGAGAGGAGGUGUUUAGUGAAAGGGGCCAGAGGCAUAGGAACCUUGAGCAGAAGCACCGUUUUAAGAUGUGAAGAGCAUGGUUAUUUUUGCCACACUCCCUCAUGGAAGCUAAAUUUGUAGUAGCAUGUCCUGUUCAAUGUGAUGAUCUUUUUGUACCGUUGAAGUUUCCGUAGAAAGUUGCUUUGCUGUUCAGUCAUUUCACCUGAAGAAAACCCGAGGGUAAACAUGGCCCACUGUCACUUGUACCACAUUCAUGACCAUGUGAUAAUACGAAAAAUUAUUUGAGAGCCAUCACUGACGAUUAGGAUCAAUGAGUUGUUUUGUUUUAACUCUCUUAAGGAAAAUUUUUAUUAGAGAAAAUUUCAAGCAUACACAAAAGUAGAGAGAACAGUAUAAUAAUCUCACAUACUCAUCACCCACCUUAAACAUCUGUAACUUCUUUCUUCUACACUGAAAAUACCAGGUCCCAAUAACCCAACGUAAGUACUCAUUGUUUUAUCCUGUGAUACUCAUAUAACUGUCUA